AUGGCAGAUACUGAGCCCGUCAGGCCAUCCUCUCCGGAGCCUAAGCUAGAGAACCUGACGUGGAUUGAGGUGACUCGGCUGGCCGAGGAAAUCCUGGUCCGAUUUGAAAAUGACGAAACCACUUUCAAGCGCUGGGAGGUCAAAGUUGUCUGGGAAUACUGGCGUGGCUUUGAGAUGAUGGGCCUCAACCCUGGAGUCACCGUGCUAAAAUUCAUGCGUGAUGUGGUCAUUCCAUUCGCGUCCUCUCGAGUCCACUCCCGGCUCCAGGGCCACACUCGGUUCGAGAAGGCCACUGGAGCGGAUAAGUCUAAGACGAACAAGAUCGAGACCCCUGUGGACGAGGGUCCUGCCAUUGUGUAUCGCAAAGGAAGCUCGCCAGAUCCUGCAACUCUCCAAGAUGCAGACAACGUUCGAAACAAGCCCAACCCCGUUCAGAGCUCUGCCUCAGUCGGCCCUAAUCCGGACAACCAGCCCCUUCAGUGGGACUUGGGUGCCCAUAUGAGGGCAACUGCGGCUGCUCGGCACAUUUCCCAGCAAUCUCGCCCACAGCUUGUUGACCCACCAAAACCAUCGUCGUCAACGGACUCUUCCAGCUCUUCCAACUCAGUGAUCACCACGCAACGCAUUGAAUCUGCCACUGCUUCACCUGCUCCUUUUGACAGGGUACCCAUCGACCGGACCGUACAAAACAUUUUGACAUCACCAAUCUCGAACUCCAAGGCUGUCAAUGCUGGUGCGUCCGCGUCAAGCAGUUCCCCCACAGCAGCAGCUACUCGUGUUGAUGGCCAUCCGGAGCUGAUCAAGAUUGUCUGCAACGGUGGCGAGGAAAUCGUUGGUGUCGAGGACCUGGUAGCAAAUAACUAUCUGCUGCGAUCAACUGUGGAAUCUUUCAAUACGACUUUGACCUCAAUGCAGGCUAUCAUCAAGGCUCAGCAAAACCAAAUCAAUAAACUGAGUGGCUACAUCGAGUCGCAGCAUUCUCGAAUCAAAGAUCUCAAUGAGCAAAUUGCUUAUCCUGUGAGACAGAAACAGAGAUAA